AUGCAUGCUCGCUCUCCGCCUCCUCAUCUAGCUGCUGCCAAGCUUGCUAGCCAGCAAGCCCAGCCAGCCAUGGAUGCUCACUACCCCAAGUACCUUCUCUACGGCAUCCUCAUCCUCGGCUCAUGGCUCAUCUCCUGUCUCCUGCACUUCCAGUUCUUCCAUCUCUCCCUCUUCUCCUAUGGGCCACGCUCCGGCGCGUCGUUCGUCCUCAUCCCGCUGUCGGUGCCCAUGGCGCUCGAUGCCAGCUUCCUGCCAGCUCCCUCUGCCGUCGCCGAGGAUGUCCCCCUGCGCCGGCUUUCGUCAGCAGCGUCGUCGUCUUGCCAGGGGAGGUACGUUUACAUGUUGGAUGUGCCGUCGCGGUUCAAUGUUCUCAGGGACUGCGUCGAGGGCUCGCCGGCGUUUCAGGACGAGUGGCACGUAUGCUCCCUCAUGGCCAAUGUCGGCAUGGGCCCAGUGCUCCCUCCCGCCACCGGCAAUGGAAGCGACGGUGACACGGGUGUCAUCCCCAACACCGGAUGGUAUGCCACGGAUCAGUACGCCCUGGAAGUGAUCGUGCACAACCGUAUGCGCCAGUACGAGUGCCUCACCGACGACCCGGCGGCGGCGACGGCUCUGUACGUGCCCUACUACCCGGGGCUGGAGCUCCAACAGCACCUCUGCGGGUUCAACGCCACGGUGCGCAACGGGCCGUCGUCCGAGUUCCUGCAGUGGAUGUCGGCGCGGCCGCAGUGGGCGGCCUUCGGCGGCCGCGACCACUUCAUGGUCGUCGGCAAGACCACCUGGAUGUUCCGGCACAAAGAGGGAGACGAUAGCGGCACCCAGAAGGUCUGUGGCAACAACUUCCUCGAACAGCCCGAGUCCGGCAACAUGACGGUGCUCACCUACGAGUCCAACAUCUGGGAUCGGCGGGACUGCGCCGUGCCGUACCCGAGCUACUUCCACCCCACGUCGGCCGGCGAGGUUUCCGCGUGGCAGGCGCGCGUCCGCGCCACAGAACGUCCCUGGCUAUUCGCGUUCGCCGGCGCACGGCGUGCCAACGGGACGCUUGCCAUCCGCGACCGCGUCAUCGAGUCGUGCGCCUCCUCGCCUAGCCGGUGCGGGUUCAUCGACUGCAGCCACGGCCUGGAGGGCAGCAUCACCUGCCGGUCGCCGCGGAGGCUCGUCUCCGUCUUCGCCUCGUCCCGUUUCUGCCUGCAGCCGCGCGGCGACUCAUACAUGCGCCGCUCCUCCGUCGACGCCAUCAUGGCCGGGUGCAUCCCCGUCUUCUUCCACGAGGCGUCCACCUUCAAGAAGCAGUACCGGUGGCACGAGCCGGAUCCGGAGAGCAGCGGCAACGGCGACGGCCGCCCGUACUCGGUGCUCAUCGACCCCGACGAACUCCUCGAAGGGAAGGUGGACGUCGAGGGGGUGCUAGCCAGGUACACCGACGAGGAGGUGGCCGCCAUGAGGGAGGAAGUGAUCAAGAUGAUCCCGAGGUUCCUGUACAAGGAUCCCCGGGUGAGGUUCGAGGGGGACACGAGGGAUGCGUUCGACAUCGCCAUUGAUGAGGUGAUGGCCAGGAUCAGGAGGAUCAAGAAUGGGGAGGAUUUGGGACGGUUUGCUGCUGAUGAUGUGAUGGUUGCUAAGGGCUCCUGA